CAUUUUGAAUUAGGGUUUGGGUUUUCAUUUCUCAUUUCCUUAUCUCCUUUCUUCUUUCUUCCACGGCACCUGAAAACCCUAAAUCCCUCCUUCUCCGAUCUCUUUCACUAGCCGUUACCCGCCCCCGUUUCCCGCCAAACCUUCCUCAUCUUAGCCGUUGGUGCGACAGGUUUUCAAAAAAAGUAGCCGUUGGAUCUACGUUGUUCUAUAUUGCGGGAACAAAAAAAAAAAAACGAUUUUUUCUUCUAUUAUUCUCUCUUGACUCGAAAAUGUCUGCGGUGGAAGCGGAGAAGAAGGGGGAGGAGGAGGACAAGAAGGUGGAGAAGGCGGGAGAGCUUCUGUUCUGUGGCGCCACGUGUUGGGACGCGAUUGGCCGGAAAAAGGGCCCCAUGGAGGGCAACUUGGUCUCUCCAACUCUGCUCCGACCUCUUGUCGGCGUUGACAUCCGUUUCGUCGCCGCCGGUUGUGUGUCGUGUCAUUGCGUGGCAUUGGACGUCGAAGGGCGUUGCUAUACUUGGGGACGCAAUGAGAAAGGGCAGUUGGGACAUGGUGAUAAAAUUCAGCGUGAUAGGCCAACUAUAGUAUCUGAACUUUCAAAGUACAAAAUUGUUAGAGCUGGAGCAGGGAGGAGUCACACAGUUGUGGUUACUGAAGAUGGGCAGUCCCUAUCUUUUGGCUGGAACAAACAUGGGCAGCUCGGUUCAGGUUCAGUAAGAAAUGAAAUUGAGGCAUCUCCUGUUCGCUGUCUUGUGUCUGAAGUUACAACUACUGCUUGUGGUGCUGAGUUUACUGUUUGGUUAUCUUCUGUUGAAGGAGCUUCUAUACUAACUGCAGGCCUUCCACAGUAUGGGCAACUUGGGCAUGGAACUGACAAUGAGUACAAUACUAAAGACAGCUCAGUGAGACUUGCUUAUGAAGCCCAGCCUCGCCCUAGAGCAAUAGCUUCACUUUCUGGGGAAACAAUUGUGAAAGUUGCAUGCGGAACAAACCACACAGUGGCGGUGGAUUCAAAUGGUUAUGUGUAUACGUGGGGAUUUGGUGGUUAUGGGAGGCUUGGACAUAGGGAGCAGAAGGACGAGUGGGUCCCUCGUCGAGUUGAUGUUUUCCAGAGGCAUAAUAUCUUACCCCCUAAUGCAGUCAUUUCGGCGGGUUCUGUUAAUUCUGCAUGCACUGCGGGUGGGGGCCAGUUAUAUAUGUGGGGAAAAUUAAAGAACACAGGCGACGAUUGGAUGUAUCCUAAACCUCUAAUGGAUUUAAGUGGCUGGAAUUUACGUUGCAUGGAUUCUGGUAACAUGCACCAUUUUGUUGGUGCCGACAAUUCCUGCAUAAGUUGGGGUCACGCUCAGCAUGGAGAGCUGGGAUAUGGUCCCAACGGCCAGAAAUCCUCCUCGGUGCCCAAAAAGGUGGAUAUUCUUGAGGGUAUGCAUGUUCUCAGUGUUGCAUGUGGUUUGGGCUUUUCCAUGGUGGUUGUUGAUAGAACAAAUGUUGCCGACCGACUAGAUCAGCUUGAUGUUUAUGAUGGCAAAACUUUUGGUGAAGGUAGUGAGGAACCCGAAAACCAAACUGCCGUUGUUAAGAAAGCGUCGAAGAGAGGUGCAGCCAAAGCUUCUGAUGAUAAUUUGAAGAAGUGGAAGAAGGCGAAAGAAUCAUCUGAUGACGAGGACGAGGAUGAAGAUGAUGGUGCUGAUGACAUUAGUGAUGAUAGUGAUGAACUAGCUAAUGGGCGUAGCCAAAAUAAAAAACGGGGUGGGAAAGUUUCCGGUGGAGGCCGUGGUAAAGGUGCUCAAAAAGCAUCUUCAGGGGAAAAACGUGGCCGGGGCCGUCCUCCAUCUGCGAAUAAAAGUUCACGGGCUACUGAGGGGAGAACUGGCAAACGAGGAAGGCCCCGUAAGCUGUAAAAUUUUAUGGCAACAGGUCAAUUUGGAAAUUUUGUUCUCUCAAUGUAGAGAAGUUAUUUUUAAGAACAAUUGCUGCUUGUACUGGCACUUAUGUUUUAAUAUCAUAUAAUUUUUAAUUGGCCGUGCCGUCGUUUGGUCAAUU